AUGCAGCAAAAGUUCGAGACUCAAAGUACACGCGUGAAAGGUCUUGCAUUUCAUCCCACUCGCCAUUGGAUCCUCGCGUCUCUUCACAACGGCUGCAUCCAGCUUUGGGAUUACUUUAUGGAAGCUCUCCUCGAUAAAUACGAAGAACACGACGGUCCUGUGCGAGGAAUUGCAUUUCAUCCUACUCAGCCUCUCUUCGCUUCAGGUGGUGACGACUAUAAAGUCAAGCUUUGGAAUUUCAAACAAAAAAAGGGUCCAGCGUAAAAAUCUCCUAUAGAAAAUUUUUAUUAAAUUUUUUUUAUAGAAAAACAAAAUAUGCUUGCAUUUUUUUAUAUAUGCACCCUCAAUAAAAGUGCAUCGUUACCUUGGAUGGCCACCUUGACUACAUUCGUACUGUCUGUUUCCAUCAUGAACUGCCUUGGCUUAUGAGUUGUUCAGAUGACCAGACAAUCCGUAUAUGGAAUUGGCAGUCUCGAAGCUGUCUUGCUAUUUUGACAGGGCAUAACCACUAUAUCAUGUGUGCUCAGUUUCAUCCUAAGGAAGAUAUGAUCGUCUCCUCAAGCUUGGACCAGACUAUAAGGGUUUGGGACUUUAAAAAUCUCAGGCAGAAAUUUUAUUCAGCAGGAGGCAGAAGCUCAGAAAUCAUUAUGGGCACUGACGUGGUCGUGAAAUUUGUGCUGGAAGGCCAUGACAGAGGGGUGAACUGGGCAAUUUUCCACCCUAAUUCACCUUAUAUAGUAAGUGCUGCUGACGAUAGAACAGUGAGGCUGUGGAGGUAUACAGAGUCCAAGUCUUGGGAAGUCGAAACCAUGAGAGGCCACAGCAAUAAUGUCUCCUGUGCCCUUUUCCAUCCAAAUUUAGAAGUUAUUAUUAGUGACAGUGAAGAUAAGUCAUUGAGGAUCUGGGAUAUGAACCGAAGAAGCACAAUCCAUACUUAUAAAAGAGAAAAUGACAGGUUUUGGGUGUUAGCGAUACACCCUACUAACAAUUUGGUAGCAGCCGGCUUUGAUUCAGGAUUUUUGAUAUAGAAGUUUCCUAUGUUUUGGCGCUGUAAGGCCGAUAAAUUCUGAUCGGAAUUUAUCGGUAGGUUGCACCAAAUCAAUGCCUUGGUCGGACCAAAAAGCGAUUUGGUCCGACGAACUUGGAAAGCUCCUGGGGAAAAUGUCUGCGCUUUUAGCGCUAUAUAGAGGAAACCUCUAUAUUUAAAUGUGAAAAAGAAAGAGUCCCAGCAGUAAAAACCAGAGGAAAUAUUUAUAUUGUGGCCAAAAAGACACUAAGAAAAGUUGACGAGCAAGGCAGAGAGACUGUUUUAGCUACAUUAAAGCCUCCAUCUAAGCGAGAAGUAUACAAAAACAACCCUUCCCACAUCUUUGUGAACCAAAUUUCAAGCGGCGACUAUCACGUCCUACUUCAAUACCAGCAAGAAGGCGGCGUUUAUUUUCUGUUUUCCUUUAAUAAAGAUUUUUCAGGCGACAAAUCAGCAGUCAAUAUAACAGGAGCCUCUACAAGCUCAUGCUUUAUAGGAAAAGAUAGGUUCGUGAUUUUGACUAAACAAAAAGAAGUCCAAGUUAUGGAUUUCAGCAACGCCGUCAAAAAGAAGCUGACCUUUGGCUUUACUCCUUCAGCUAUUUAUCCAGCUGGAAUUAAUAGGAUUUUAAUAAAACACGACGACAGCUUGUCACUUUUUGACAUUUCAGCAAAAGAAAUCAUUAAGACUGUCGCUUUGUCAGCUACUAUAAAGCAAGUUAUAUGGACUCUUACUAAUGAGUACGCCGCAAUUCUUUCAAGUGAAAAUAUCACUUUGAUUUCUAAGAACCUUGAUGUGUUGUGCACAAGCCCUAGGGAAAGAAUUAAUAUAAAAUCAGGGGUUUGGGAUCCAUGUGGUGUUUUUGUGUAUUCUACAGCUACCCAUUUGAGAUAUAUAAUUGUGAAUGGUGAUAAUGGGACAGUCAGGUCUCUUGAUAAGCCUAUUUAUUUAGUAAGUAUUGAUGAUAAAGAAGCUGUAGGCGUAGACAGAGAAGGCGACAUAGUAAAACUCCCUACCUCAAAUUUAGAAUAUAGGUUUAAGCUUGCUUUACACUGUAAAAGAUAUAAUGAAGUCAAACUUAUAUUAGAAAGUGGAGGAUUAAUAGGAAACGGCGUCGUAAAAUACCUUCAAGACCGCGGGUUUUCAGAAAUCGCACUAUAUUUCGUUGAGGAUGAAAAAACCAGAUUUAAUUUAGCAAUCCAAGCUGGGAUUAUUGAAAUUGCUUUACAAAGCGCUUAUAAGCUUAAUGAUAAAGAAUGCUGGCUUAAGCUUGGAAGUGAAGCUUUAAGACAAGGAAACAGCCAAAUUGUUGAAAUGGCCUAUCAGAAAACUAGAAAUCUAGACCGCUUAUCAGUGCUUUAUAUGAUCACAGGAAACCUUAAUAAACUCUCAAAAAUGCAGCAAAUCGCAGAAACUCGUGGCGAUAAGCUUAGACUUUUCCACAACACCUUGCUCAGAGGAGACAUCGAAAAACGUGUAGAAAUGCUUGCAGAAGCUGGCCAAGUCCCAUUAGCUUAUAUUACAGCCCGUAUCCAUGGUAUCCAACACAUGCUAAAUGGUCCUUUGGAGCAGUCAUUAGGCGAGCAAGGCGUCCAAAAGCUUGAAGACUACAUCUCAAAGCUUCCUCAGCCUAAAGCAUUAUACCCACCAGUCCCUAUUUUUACAUCAAAACAAGGCGGUGACGAAAAUUGGCCACUUCACCAUGUGAUUACUAGUGAAUUUGAGCUGCUUAAAAACCAAGUCGACCCUGCCAAUCCAUAUGCAGUCAAUGCAGCUGAGUCCCAUAGACAAGAAGAGCACAAUUUCACUGAUGUAGGAAAUGUAGAAAGCAGCGGAUGGGGCGGUCCAGACCUAGAUUUUGAGAUUGCAGAGCCAUCUGCAGCGCCUGCAUGGGGAAAUGAUGACUUUGACGUCCCUGAUAUUAAAGAAGAGGAAGGGAAAUCUGAGGUCAACACUUUAACGUCUGGCAUUUCAUUGCAGCAGAAGUGGGCAAGAACUUGUCAAGUCCCUGGAGAACUUGUUGCGGCAGGAGCUUUCCAAGCAGCCAUGCAGCUUCUUACCAGAACAGCUGGAGUCGUAAACUUCGCCCCAUUGAAAAACCACAUAUUAAACGUAUACAUGGGGGGCAGUGUUUCUUUACCUUUAUUGCCACACUUAAAACCUAUUACAGACGCAUAUAUAACUCGUAUUAAAACCCCAGCCCAAGCAAGGCCUCACGUUACUAUUACUUUAUCCCAACUCUCAGUACAGAUUAAAAACGCUUAUAAAUUGACAACCCAAGGUAAGUUUGCUGACGCUUUGGCUAUUUUUGUGAAUAUUUUGCAGUCUAUACUGUUUUUAAGUGUUUUUAGUGAAAAUGAAGUGGCUGAGGUGAAGGAUUUGAUAAAAAUCUGUGUAGAAUAUAUAGCGUGCAUGAGACUUGAACUGACUAGACAAGCUGAAGCUAAUAAAGGAAAUAUUGCAAGAGCUCUAGAACUGGGGUAUUAUAUGACUUUGUGUAAACUUCAGCCUCCUCAUCAAAGCUUGACGUUGAGAAGUAUAAUUGCGACAGCUUAUAAGUAUAAAAAUUAUAUCACGUGUACUAGUCUGUGCAAGAGAUUUUUGGAGCUUGCAAAUCAACACCCACAGGUGGUACAAGGAGAUGCUAAACAGGUUAUUGAUAAACAUAAGAAAUUAUUGGUGUACUGCCAACAGGUAUUUACUAAUGAUUUAUCGCUAGGUGUGGAGCUGCCUGAAAAUAGCCCAGAUAUUGCGUCAAUGCUAUGUCAGAGAACGUUUACCCAAGUGAGCCCUGCAGUGCCGACAGCAAGAUGCCCAUUCUGUGGAAGUCUUUAUCAUAAAGAAUACAAAGGAACGAACUGCGACACUUGUUUGGUUUCACAAAUUGGAUUGGAAGCUUUAGGAUUAAAGGUAUUUCAGAAUUAA